UGGUCAAAAGUUUUAUUUUUCUUUCCUUUUUGUUUAAAACAAGAAAAUCUUGAUGCCCAAUCUUUUGUUCUUGAUGUUUGAGAUUCAUGUCUCCAAUUCUCAGUGAAAUCUUCCUUUCUGGGUUGAUGAUCAAUUCCACAUCCAUCCGCAGGACCCAACUCGUUCAAUCUUUCUCAGUUGUUUUCCUCUACUGGUUGUACUACGUUUCGUGAUUCUUCUUCUUCCCCCUCAAAAUAUAUAAUAAAUAAAUAAAGUUACUACUAGUCUACUGCCAUUAAUCUAUCUUUUUUUUAGGUAUUUAUUGUUAUUAUUAGAAUAAAUUUGUAUUUUCUCUUGAUAAAAUUCCAUGGCUUCCUCGAGCGGAACAUCAUCCGGUUCACUCACCACGAACUCGGGGUCGGAGGGCGAUUUACAGGCAUUAAUGAACGAAAGAAAAAGAAAGAGAAUGAUAUCGAACAGGGAAUCGGCACGGCGGUCGAGGAUGAGGAAAAAGAAGCAUCUCGACGAUCUUCAAGCUCAAGUGACUCAGCUCCGAAACGACAACCAGCAGAUCCUGACUCAGUUGGACAUCACCACACAGCGUUACUUGAACGUCGAGACCCAGAACUCGGUGCUCCGAGCUCAGGCCAACGAGCUGGGCCACCGGUUACAGUCCCUGAACGAGAUCAUCGGAUUCAUCAACGGCGGCGGUACUAACUCCGAUGCCGAUGGGUUUGGUUUCACUGAGUCGGCUGACAGCUUCUUCAACCCAUUGAAUCACUUGAAUCAGCCGAUCAUGGCAUCGGCGGAUAAUGUGUUUGAGUAUUGAAAAUCUGCACGAGAGGGCCAAUUUGAAAGAGAGGAUGGAUUAUUAUUAUCAGUAGGAGUAGUUAGAAAUAAGGUUAUGUGUCGGCACAAAGAGCAGUUGUUGUCGUGCUUAGUGUUGGGUCUUUUUAGUUUGUAAAAUGGGGUUUAAUGGUUUCAACUUAUGCAAUGCCACAGCAAAAUCCCUUAUUUAAUGUACUUGGGGUGUUUUCUUUAU